AUGAAAAACCAACACAAGGCUGUUCAAUCUUCAGUAAAGAGCAGAUCCUUUACAAUUGAUUUUGAUCAUAACUUUCUUAAAAAUGGACAACCGUUCAGAUACAUUUCUGGUAGUAUGCAUUACAGUCGUGUGCCAUCUUACUAUUGGAAAGACAGACUUAUAAAGCUCCGUUUUGCAGGUUUAAAUGCAGUCCAGACCUAUGUUCCUUGGAACUUUCAUGAACCUUUCCUGGUUUGUACAAUUUUGAUGGUGAUCAUGAUCUUGUUAAAGUUCAUCUCUAUUGCACAAGAAGUCGGGGAUUAUGAACCUCAUGGUCCUCUUGUAAAUCUGAGUUCUCAUACUGGUUGGCUAGAUCAUUGGGGUGGAACCACAUCAAAGAGGGAUGGACAACAAUUUGCAGCAUCUCUUGAUAAAGUACUCCAACUUAAUGCUUCUGUCAACAUGUACAUGUUUGAAGGAGGCACUAACUUUGGUUUUUGAAAUGGUGCUAAUGCUGGAGACUCCAGUUACUCUCCUCAACCAACAUCAUAUGAUUAUGAUUUUCCAAUGCCAUUCUCACUAUUGAUGAACUUCAUGAUCGUGCUUCAGUGUAUUGGAAUAGGCCAGUUUGUGUCGGUAUUCUCAUUCGUCAGGCUGGAAUGGACCUCUUGUGAUGUUGUCGAAAACAUGGGUCGUGUAAACUUUGGUUCUUAUAUCAAAGACUUUUCAAUGACAACUGUGUUCUUCAAAGGUAGCUUUACUAUCAAUGGUUAUCCCAACGAUACUUACUUAAGCAUGGACAAUUGGUCAAAAGGAGUUGCAUUCAUUAAUGGCUUCAAUCUUGGUCGGUGGCCUGUAAAGGGUCCACAAAAAACAUUAUAUGUCCUGGCUAGCAUUCUCAAGACUGGAGACAAUGAGCUAAUUUUGUUUGAGAUUGAUUCAGCUCCUUGUCAACAGUUUCUCUGGACACUAACUGUUUUUGUAAAGUUUGUUAACCAGCAUGAUAUUGGUAUUACAAAAUGA